AUGAAGUCUCUUGGUGUGACCCAUUACCGAUUUUCUCUCUCUUGGCCUAGGAUCUUUCCGACUGGUGUCGGCAAGACAAACCCUAAGGGAGUAAAGUACUACCACGAUGUCAUCGACGCUCUUCUCGAGAAUGGCAUCAAACCAAUGAUAACUCUCUACCACUGGGACCUUCCGUUGGCUCUUCAUGAUCAAGGCGGAUGGUUGAAUCGGGAUAUUAUAAAAUGGUUCCGCCUUUACGCUGUUUUCUGCUUCAAAGAAUAUGGCGAUAAGGUAACAGCUACAUGA